CAGUUGAUAAUCCAUCAACUGCUUCUAUGAUAGAAGAAAAAGUGGAGCCUGUCAGUUUGGGAGAACGAAAGAAUUACCCAUUUGAAGGGUUCAACAUCUCGAACAAGGCUCCAAAAAAACUGACAAAGUUGAUCAACAACUAUUCGGAAUGAAUUUUCUAUGGGCUGUUAAAGCAUUAUGUCUGCAGAAAAUAAAAUGACGAACACUACAAAGUGAAUGAAUCGAGUCUUGGUUUUGAUAUGUUCGACAUUGUUGUUGCACAAUUGGGAAUGAAGGAUUGGUUCUAGUUGAUGUCACAACCCCAAACUUGCUGGAAUGAUGAGCACACCAAUGUCCUUUUUUACUACCUCCGAAAGAAGGCCAAGUUGUGAACACAAGAACAAUAUAGAUACACGACAAACAAUUAUUUGUACAAAGUUUACAUCAAUAAUGCGUACGAUAGGUUUUGUCAACAACAACCGAACUUUUCCAAAAAUGAGGAAUGCUUAAUCAACAUCAUCAAAGGUUUUAGCAUUUCAGCUGACUUACCUUGGCAUUUGGUCGACGAAGUGUACAUCCUAAUCAAUUAUGGUGAUGAAUUCCAUUAGGUGUUGGCUGUUGUCGUUCUAAAAGAGAGGCGCAUCCGAGUUUAUGACUCGAUGUCGCGGAGAAGACGUUCCAUGCCGUUGUCUGAGUUUGAGAUACAAAAGCUGGCCAAAAUGUUGCCUACUUACCUUGAUAUAAGUGGCUUUUUGGACCAAAAGGUUCGUACUGAUUGGUCGAUGAUUGAAGCAUAUCGGGAUAAAAUAGGUAAUCUAUUUGAUGUUGAAUAUGUUGAAGAAAUCGCUCAACAAACCAUUGGUAGUCUGGAUUGUUGUCUUUUUGUUGCCGCUUACGCCGAGUAUUUGAGUGAUGAAUUACAAGUACCAAAUGAUAGACUUUAUGCCAGAUUACUCUGCAAAAUAUAUGCUGCUCUUUUAUGGAAACACAGAGAAGUGAAAGUGCAGAAACCGUACGCAAGUGGCAUUAAAGAUACACGACGACGUAAGCCGAAUUUCAUAGCACCGGAUGACGGACAACUUGUCCAUAUUGAGUAGAUAUUUAUAAUUUGAGUCUGUCAAAGUAAUAACCUUUUCUUGGGAAUUGUUGUCACCAAAGGUUAAAUUGUUGAUUUAUUUGUAGAGUAGAUAAUUUAUACCCAUAAUAAUUUUUUUACAUUUUAUUUA